ACUUUUUUCGAUAUUUUCUAGCUAUAUAGCGACACGUGUGGUGUAGUGUAAAUUCUAAUAAAUUAUUUUGUUAUAUUUCUUUGGUUCGCAAAAGAUUUCAUUUGCAAAAUGCCAAAAUCGAAACGAGACAAGAAAAUAUCUCUUACUAAAACCGAUAAAAAGGGCUUAGUCUUGAAGCAACGGAUCAUUGAAGAUGUUAAAAAAUGUGUGGAGGAAUAUAAUCGUAUAUUCCUAAUUUCUCUUCAAAAUACACGCAAUACAAAACUGUUCAAUUUGCGUGCAGAGUGGAAAGAUAGUAGACUUUUUUUUGGUAAACUUAGAAUACUUGCGUUGGGUCUAGGAAAAACACAAGAAACAGAAGUUGCAGAUGGCAUACAUAAAUUGGCUAAUGCAAUGAGAAAUCAAUCCAUGAAAGGUCAAUGUGGUUUAUUAUUUACUAAUAGAUCAAAGAAACAGGUAACAGAGUGGGCAGAGGAAUAUGAAGAAAUGGAAUAUGCACGUUCUGGAUUUGUAACACCCGAAUCGUUAGAGUUACCCGAAGGACCUCUCCCACAAUUUGACCAUAGCAUGGAACCACAAUUGAGACGUUUGGGUAUGCCCACUUCAUUGCAAAAGGGAGUUAUCACUUUAAUUAAACCAUUCAAAAUUUGUCAGAAGGGUGAUGUACUAACACCAGAACAGGCACAAAUUUUGAAAUUAUUUGAUAGACCAUUAGCAGUUUUCAAACUGUUACUCUUGGGAGUGUAUACAAAAAAACAUGGUUUUAAAAAGCUUGCAGUACCGGAAAACAGUGAAGAGGAAAUGGAUAUGGAAAACAAUGAUUAUACGUGAAAUUUAUAUUGUAAUUUUAUAUAUAAGAAAAUAUGUAUCUGUAUAUAAAACUUUUUUUCCAUACAUCAA